AUGGCUGAUCUCAAAUGCCAGCCUGUGGAGGUGUGGUAUCUCCACCAGCUCACCAUCACCGUCCUGUUUGUGUCCUGUGUUGCUGGAGUCCUGGGCAAAGGGCUGGUGCUGUGGAUGGCUGUAUUCCGCAUGGCCCGUGCUGUUACCAUGGUCUGGUUCUUCAGCCUGGCCCUGGCUGACUUUACCAUCCUCCUGUCUGUGCCCGUUUCUCUAUAUAUCAUAGUCCAUGGCUGGUGGCCGUCUGCUAACUUGGUCUGUAAACUCUACAUGGCCUUUCUGGUUCUCACUUUCUGGUUCAUCAGCAUCUAUUUGCUGGUCCUCAUCUCUGUGGGUCGCUGCAUCUUGGUCCUGUACCCCGUGUGGGCCAGAAACCACAGAACGGUACAGAAAGCCACAUGGCUGUCCAUCGCAGUGUGGCUGCUGGCAGCUGCUGCCUGUUCUCUGUACUUGAAGCACCGAACUACUGGGAAACUACACGGCUGUGAAUAUUGCUACUUCGACUUCAGUUCAGAGAAAGAGUCAGGGCAGGAUCAAAGUGCAACAGUUGCUAGGCGACAGACAGCCAUAGCUAUCACCCACUUCCUGCUUGGUUUCCUAGUACCCCCGACUGUCAUCAGCAUCUAUGCCCACUGCAUCUGGCCCAGGCUUUGGACGGAGAAGGUGCACACAAGGCAGCCCAAGAGGCUGCUGCUGCUGGUUGUAAGGGCCUUCUCCAUUGUCUGGUUCCCUUUUAACAUGGUGCUCUUGGUGAACUCAGCACUUCUGACAUCCCCGCAGCAGCCACACUACCCCAAGAUGGAGCUCACCUCAUGGGCUGCCUUCGCCUUGGGCUGCCUCAACCCCUUCCUCUAUGUCUUCAUCGGCAGAGUCCAGCAGAAAAUUCUCCAGUCUCUAUCUCCUACCCUGACUAGAGUGUUUGGGGAAGAGGGUUUUAUCAGUCAUCCCGUCCCUGAGGCCAACACCCCAGCAGAGGGCGGAAACCUUACAGUUCAAACUGGAAGUCCACCUCCUAGUGUGUAA